GUGGACCAAUAAUGAUAGUAAAUGAAACUUUCACUAGAUUUCCAGUUUCCGGUUCACGGUUGGCAGUAGUAGUGAUUGAAAUUGAUGGACUCUCGGUUGAAUGGCUCUGCUCGUCUCAUGCUGGUUUCGGAUCUUGAUUACACAAUGGUAGAUCAUGAUGAUCCUCGAAAUACUUCUCUUCUCCGGUUUAAUGCUCUAUGGGAAUCAUUUUAUCGCCACGAUUCUCUGCUCGUAUAUUCAACCGGAAGAUCACCUGUAUCUUACAAACCCUUGUGGAAUGUGAAGCCCUUGUUGACGCCCGAUAUUACUAUCAUGUCUGUCGGAACUGAGAUUGUCUGUGGUGAGCUUCCCGAUGAUGGUUGGCAACUGCAUCUCAAUCAUAAUUGGGAUAGAAACAUUGUUGUUGAGGAAACACUCAAGUUUCCUCAGCUUACUCCUCAGGCAGAGGCGGAGCAACGACCUCACAAGGUUAGCUUUUAUGUAGACAAGGUUGAGGCAACUGAGAUAAUGAAUGUUCUAUCACAACGGUUAGCGAAACGUGGGUUAGAUGUAAAGAUAAUAUAUAGCAGUGGGAUUGCUUUGGACGUGCUACCAAAGGGUGCUGGCAAAGGGCAAGCUCUUGCAUAUCUGUUAAACAAGUUCAAAAUUAAUGGAAAACUGCCCUGCAAUACACUUGUUUGUGGUGAUUCUGGAAAUGAUGUCGAACUCUUCAGUCUUCCUGAAGUCAAUGGUGUCAUGGUCGGUAAUGCACAGGAAGAAUUGUUACACUGGUAUACACAAAAUGCCAAGACCAAUCGUCGCAUACUGCAUGCAACCGAGAGAUGUGCGGCUGGGAUCUUACAAGCCAUUGGUUAUUUUCAUUUAGGUCCAAACAUAUCUCCAAGAGAUAUCAAAGACUUCCAAAAGUGCGAAGUAAACAUUUUUAGCCCUGCUUAUGAAGUGGUAAAGUUCUAUCUUUUUUAUGAGAAAUGGCGACGUGCGGACGUAGAGAAAUCGGAGCAGUAUAUGCAGAACUUAAGAUCUAUCUUUCAUUCAUUGGGUGUCUUUGUCCAUCCCUUGGGAGUGGAGCUGCCUCUCCACCAGUGCAUAGAUGCAAUGUCCAGGUUGUAUGGAGAUAAGCAAGGAAAUCAAUUUUGGACCUGGGUGGAUCGGUUAUCCUCGGCUCAAAUUGGCUCGGACACAUGGCUUGUGAAGUUCUACAAGUGGGAACUGAAUGAGAAUGAGCGGCAAUGCACCUUAACUACAGUCUUAAUAAAGUCACAGGUUGAGGUGCCAGAUACUUUCACUUGGCUGCAUAUGCAUCAGACAUGGUUGGAUUGUUUUGGAAAUGAACAUGCAGAAAGAUGGUUGUUUUAGGUUCUUAACAAGGACUCCCAUUAUGGUUGUCCUCCAGGUCA